AUGGGCAUCGAGCUUCAAACCUUAGCACACCUGAAAGUGCCGGUGACUGUGGAAAAGCAUUUGAACCUCGAUGGCAGGCCAGUGCGGAUCGCUGUCCCAGAGACUGUUCUCAAAGAUGAAGAAUCUACCAACCUGACUGCUGCUAUUGGAGUAGCCACUGUGCUCUAUCAGUGGUGUCCAGAUGCUUUGUACGCAUUUCUGGAUCUGGAUUCCUGGUUCUCCUUCACAUGGAUCAGGACAAUCCAAGCUGGCGAACGAGACGAGACCAAAUGCGAAAUCGGCCGCAUCAAAAACGUGAUCACGAUGGGCGUCCUCGACAAGGAAGAACACUGGAAAGUCAUGGUGUCCUACACAAUCUCAGAAGAGGGUAGCUGGAUCCCAAACACAGACGAAAGCAUGCUCGACGAUCAGGACAUCAAAGACCCGUCAGAAAUCGACAAGCUCGGCCGCUCCUUCGUCAAAGACCUCAUCCUGCAACAAGCCUGGUCAACCGGCAAGAAAAUCCGCCACGACUUCUUCAUCGAGUACGCACCAAUGGAUGCUUUCAGCGACGGCAUCGCGAUGAAUCCGCAUUGGCUGUACCAAGCUAUCGAUCUCACCAAGUGCACGACGUGUGGGAAAGGGGAGGAAGCUUCGUUGAGUCGCUGCAGCAAAUGUGGUACGGCGGCGUAUUGUUCGGGUGUUUGUCAACGUGCAGAUUGGGCUGUGCACAAGGCUGUCUGUAAUAUGAAUAUGGAGGAUAGGGGGAAGGCUUUGCAUUUGAGCAAGGAUGGUGGAUUGGUGAGGUGGAGUCGGUUGCAGGCGCAGAAUGAGAGCAUUGACGAUGAGGUGUCGGAAGGAGAGUGA